CCGAAAGGCACCAGCUGCGCAGCUCAGCGGGAUGGAAAACAUGAAGCAGCAGAAAGUUCCCCGAUUCCCCAAAGAGAACCGCGUCCAGUAGUCUGCUGCCGCCGGGCUGCAACCAUGUAGAUUCAUUCUUUCCUUUCUGUUUUUUAAACCUUUGAAAUCCUUGCAGGACACUUUGAAGAGCUCGUGAGGUUGUGAGGAGAACUCUCGGGGAGGAGGGGGGGGGGGUUAUACGCGCCCCCUGUCCGGUCACUUCAAGAGAAAACAUGGCAAGACUGCGCAGGAGAGCGUGCAUAGCCCUGUUUCUCUUUACGCUGUUCGUCUUCGGGACCAUGAUGGGUCUGAGGACCCUGAAGCCCAGUGACGGCUUCUCGGACCUGGCUCCGGGCUUGGAGCUGCUGCCGGCGAUGGCGGGGAAGGUGGACCGGCGGUCCGUGUCCCGUGACGCCACCGCGUCGCCGGGUCAAGUCCGUCCGGCUGACAGCAACACUCAUGCAGUUUUGUCCAACUCCGGACCCGAGGGGACCAUAUUUUAUGACGUUCACAUCUUCUACUACACCUGGUACGGCAACCCAAGCAUGGACGGCAAGUACAUCCACUGGGACCAUAUCCUGGUUCCGCACUGGGACCCCAAGAUCGCAUCCAGCUACCCGAGAGGGAGACACGCGCCGCCCGAGGACAUCGGCUCCAGUUUCUACCCCGAACUUAAUCCGUACAGCUCGAGGGACCCGGACGUGUUGGAGUCCCACAUGGAGCAGAUCGGAGCGUCUGCAGCAGGGGUUCUGGUCAUGUCCUGGUAUCCUCCCGGCUUGGCUGACGACAACGGGGAACCCGCUGAGGAUUUGGUUCCAGCUGUGCUGGAUGCUGCAUACAGACACAACCUAAAGGUUGCAUUUCACAUCCAAAUAUACAGAGGACGAAACGACCAGAGCGUGCAUGACAACAUCAAGUACAUCAUUGACAGGUACGGAGAACACGGCGCCUUCUACAAGUGCACUUCCAGCACCGGGAAGAGUCUCCCUCUGUUCUACAUCUACGACUCCUACCUGACCCCUCCGGAGUCCUGGUCGGAGCUCUUGACCCCCGCCGGCUCCCACAGCGUGCGCGGCUCGGCCUACGACUCCAUCUUCAUCGCGCUGAUCGUGGAGGAGCGCCACAAGCACGACAUCCUCGCCGGCGGCUUCGACGGCAUGUACACCUACUUCGCCUCCAACGGCUUCUCCUUCGGCUCCUCCCACCAGAACUGGAAGUCCAUCAAAGCGUUCUGCGACGGCAACAAUCUGCUGUUCAUCCCGAGCGUCGGGCCCGGUUACAUCGACACCAGCAUCCGGCCGUGGAACAACCACAACCUGCGCAACCGGGUGAACGGCCGCUACUUCGAGACGGCCCUGCAGGCGGCGCUGGACGUGAGGCCGGAGGUCGUCGCCAUCACGUCCUUCAACGAGUGGCACGAGGGGACGCAGAUAGAGCGGGCGACGCCCAAGAAAACGGUGACCCGCGUGUACCUGGACUAUCAGCCACACGGACCCGACCACUACCUGGAGCUGACCCGCCGCUGGGUGGAGCAGUUCAACAAAGAGAAGGAGCAGUGGCUGGUGUGAGCCCGACUUACUCCAACCAGCGCGCACGAGUGGAGGACGCGUGCGUGCGGAGAGGGAGUGAAUGUAGUAAAAGGUGUGCGUGCAUUUUUUUGUGCGAGAACACGGUGGGACUUUUGAGUUUCCUUUGACUUAAAAACUCUGAGUAAAGCAGCAUUAGAAUGAGUUAUUCUGAGGGAGGAAGAGUCUUUCCGUGUGAAAUGUUCCGUAGGCCUUCGUUCAUGCAACUUUAUUAACUGGCUGAAAACACACUAAGAAAACUGUCCCCCGUGUAAGGGUCUCUUUCCCUCUGCAGCCCAGUAAUAGAAAUGAUUCCACAUCCAGACACUUCUAUGGUUUCUCUUUUAUAACUGAUGGAGAAGCCACGAUGCCCCCCCCCUUUAGUGUUUGAAGUUGCAUGCCGUACUACAUUCAACACUACAUGCUGGAUCUGUGUGUACUGCACCGUGUGCCUCCACCAGCACACACGGUCGCCCCGAAGUAACUCCAGCAAAGCGUCUUUCUGCAUCACGUGACAUUGAAUAAAAAAAAAAGGUUUAUCACAUCAACUCUACGCCACCACUCAAUGCUGUAUGUUGCAAAUUCAAAUGAAUGAAUAUGUCAGUGUUCAACAGUACAUUAUGAACGUGUUCCCGCAUUUUCAAUUGUUCCCCAACGUUGUGUACACAGAAUCCACUCUACACGGUUGGAAUGCACCAACUACUAAAUGGUACAUGAAUAAAAAUGCAUGGAAAAUGCACCACUCACAGAG